AUGGCCUCUUUCAAGGAAUUGUCCCUCUCACGUCCGCUUCCCAACCCGAGUCAACGACAACAUUCCCACUCAAUCUCGCUGGGGGCCGUCAAUGCUAAUCACCGAGUGACUCGCCGCAAGAGUGUCACUACUGCCGCUGCCAAUGCCGCCGCCGCGAUCGCCGCCUCAAUGAAGGAAGGCGAGUCCGCCUCUUCGCUCCCCAUGUCUGGUCAUCGCCGUAGUCUUGGGGGCCGUAAGGGGUUGGAAUCCACUUCGGUCGGGGCCACGUCUGGGUUUAGUUCAUACUUGUCGCGGAGUGUGAACAGUCCUAGUCAGGAACCGCCGGUCGCUCGUAAAGCCUCGCCCAGCAACUCCGACGCCGACGAUGACACUAAAUCCCUCAAGGGUCGAAACCGCCGUGCUAGUGAAGGCGCUCAAUCUAAGACCGAGGGGAAGCGUGUCCCGGCAGAACUCCGUUGCGAACGCUGCGGGAAAGGGUAUAAGCAUGGCAGUUGCUUGUCCAAGCAUAUGUGUGUAUCCCCCCCAAUGCCGGCCGUCUCCCUUCUUCGCUCGAUCGAGAAUAUGCGCCAUGUCGGCUCUGUGCAGGUCGCCCUCGUGUUAGUUGACGUAUUUUUGUUUUUGUGGUACCUUAGGUGGGAACACGACCCGGCAUGGGCUAUUACCUCGAAACUACUCAUCUCCAAGCACCAACAGGUGCAACUAUUGGAGGCUGCUACGGUGCUGGUCACCAUGAACCAUGACGAUCCCGAACAGUCCCCCGAGGCCGACUCCGAAUUCUCCUCCGCUUCCCCAGACGCCUCCUCGGAUGUGCGAGAUGGUCUCAGCUCCGUCGAGACCACCCCACCCCCGAUGGAUGAGGAAGAGGACGACGAUUUCGAGAUGUCCGGUAUGCCGGCCAACUGGACCAAGCGACCCAGUGUCAGCAAUGCUUCGGCUUUCUCCCGCUCCUACCAGUCGAUUCCCUCCAGCUCCUACAAUGACAGCGCUCCACUCCACUCCCCCGCGUUUUCGCACUUCCGUCAAUCCAGUGUUGACACCCGUCCUUCGACAGCGGAUACCCGAUUGCACGAGGAUGACGAGGCUGAUCUUGCUGCCGCGAUUGGACUCUGCAACUUUGGAACUCCCCGCACAGGGCCAGUCUCCAUGUCCUCGGACGUACCCCCUGUGCCUCCACUGCCGGCUCGUUAUCUGGAUUCCAGCAGCCACCCGGGUAGCAGCCUCAGCCCCGCUCUGACCCAGUCCGGACCCAUGAGCGAAGCCUACCGCCGAGACUCGAACGCGGACCUAUUCCUCUCCGUCUCGCUCAACCCGUCGCUGUCAUAUAAGGUGUCGGCUGAGCGUGGACCCCGAGGUGACUCCAAGGCCUCUGUACCUCGUCGUCACAGUCGCAAUGCAGAUGUCGAUUUCGACAAUCGCGCAGCUUCCGCGUACGAUGAUGACGAUGGUGUUUUCGGCCGCAUGGAGGAAUAA